ACGCCGCGCUCAGCGGUGGCGGUGGCGGCGACAGGCCGGGCGAGGCAGCAGGUUAGCCCGGGCCGCCCUACUCUGCAGGCUUCUCGGAAGUACAAGCUGCGCCGCCCGAGCCCUGCGCCCGGGAAGCACUGGCCAGCGGGCCGCUCCUGAGGCCCGCUCCUCCAGGCGCUCGCAGGCAUGCAGCCGGGGAGCAGGCGGAGUGCCCCGGGCCGCUACUGAGUCCGCGGAGCUGAGGGGAUCAGCUCCAGCCGUGCCCCUCCCACCUCACCCAGGGCCCCACGAGCGACCGCCCUACACCUGGUCUUCGCGCGCAGCCCCGCCAGUGCCAACCCCCCGCGGGCUGGAGGGGCUCAUGCAGCCGCCAAGGGAGAGGCUAGUGGUAACAGGCCGAGCUGGAUGGAUGGGUAUGGGGAGAGGGGCAGGACGUUCAGCCCUGGGAUUGUGGCCGACCCUCGCCUUCCUUCUCUGCAGCUUUCCCGCAGCUAUCUCUCCCUGCAAGAUCCUCAAGUGCAACUCUGAGUUCUGGAGCGCCACGUCGUCAGGCAGCCACGCCCCUGCCUCUGACGACGUGCCCGAGUUCUGUGCUGCCCUGCGCACCUACGCCCUGUGCACGCGACGGACAGCCCGCACCUGCCGGGGCGACCUGGCUUACCACUCGGCUGUCCAUGGCAUAGAGGACCUCAUGAGCCAGCACAACUGCUCCAAGGAUGGCCCCACCUCACAGCCUCGAGUGCGCACGCUCCCGCCAGCUGGGGACAGCCAGGAGCGCUCAGAUAGCCCCGAGAUCUGCCACUAUGAGAAGAGUUUCCACAAGCACUCAGCUGCCCCCAACUACACUCACUGCGGCCUCUUUGGGGACCCACACCUCAGGACUUUCACAGACCACUUCCAGACAUGUAAGGUGCAAGGCGCUUGGCCUCUCAUCGACAAUAAUUACCUGAACGUGCAGGUCACCAAUACACCUGUGCUGCCCGGCUCUGCCGCCACUGCCACCAGCAAGCUCACCAUCAUCUUCAAGAACUUCCAAGAGUGUGUGGACCAGAAAGUAUACCAAGCCGAGAUGGACGAGCUUCCGUCCGCCUUUGCCGAUGGCUCCAAAAACGGUGGAGAUAAACACGGAGCCAACAGCCUGAAGAUCACAGAGAAGGUGUCAGGCCAGCACGUGGAGAUCCAGGCCAAGUACAUCGGCACCACCAUCGUGGUGAGACAGGUGGGCCGCUACCUGACCUUCGCCGUCCGGAUGCCCGAGGAGGUAGUCAACGCCGUGGAGGACCGUGACAGCCAAGGCCUCUACCUCUGCCUGCGGGGCUGCCCGCUCAACCAGCAGAUCGACUUCCAGGCUUUCCGUGCCAACGCCGAGAGCCCUCGCAGGCCAGCAGCUGCCAGCCCCUCUCCUGUGGUCCCCGAGACAUUUCCGUACGAGACAGCUGUGGCCAAGUGCAAAGAGAAGCUGCCUGUAGAAGACUUGUACUACCAGGCCUGUGUCUUCGACCUCCUCACGACUGGCGACGUGAACUUCACGCUGGCCGCCUACUAUGCUUUGGAGGAUGGCAAGAUGCUCCACUCCAACAAGGACAAGCUACACCUGUUUGAAAGGACUCGGGAGCUGCCUGGCGCUGUGGCCGCUGCAGCAUUUCCCUUGGCCCCCGAGAUGCUCCCGGGCACCGUCACACUUCUGGUCCUGCUGCCUCUGUUCUGGUAGACGUUUGGCCAUGUAGGAUACAAAGGAGGGUAUAGACUCUGCCCUGAGCCUUGGGCUCCUGCCCUUGGCUUCUCCUUCGUCUGAGGGUCCAAGUCAGCAUCAGGAUGCAGCCCAGCCGGUGGGCUUCCUGUGACCCAGUGUUUUCAGCAGCGGAGGUGGCCUCUAGCUGACGGCCUGAACAUGGUGCCCUCAGAGCCGUCCUCAAAUGUUAUGGCCAGGGCUAAGGGCGCGGGACAGCUCUCCCCUCUCGAUUAGUGCACGCGACAAGGUUGUGGUGAUUGAUGCUGUGUUUUUGUGACAGUAGAGUUGUGUGAGGGAGAGCAGCUCCCUCCACCCCGACCCCACCGUGUGAAUGUUCGAACCAGAGCCCCACCCCUAAGCUGAAGCCCCACCCCCACCACCAGAGAGACACUGGGAAAGUCGGCUCCUUCCACACUCUCACAAUGCACUGAGACAGGCCCGGCUGACUGCUGCACACCCGCUCUGGGGCCUCCUGUCCCCUCCCACACACGCGCACACACUGUUACACAAGCACACUCGCACACACUAAGCCCGUGGGGACACCUCGAGACCGCCACAUCAGUAGGGCGGAAGCAUCUACGGAUCCCCAGAGGGCCUUGCUCAGUAUCUUUAGCAAAUGGAUGUAACCUUGUAGCCAGUGGGCUAUGUCCUCUUGGUACCACCUACCCAGUGCUACGUACCCAGAGACGGUCCUGUGCAUCCAGCUACUGUGGAUGUGAUUGAGGUGCUGCUUCCGAGGACCUGCCUGGAAAGGCCCACAGUUGAAGGGAGGGUGUGUUUUGGCCUGAGGUCUAAGCAGUACCUCUCAUGGGCUCAGAUCCCGGCUCCACCCUCUGCCCCUCUCCCAUUGCACUUAAGAAAUCAAAGUGCUUGGUUCUGAAUGUUACAACAGAGACGUGAUCCUCCAGUUCCUGCCAUCGUUGCCCCUACCCUAUCCUUCACCCCUACCCUUGCCCCCCACCAGCAGAGGGGCCCUGGGACCUCAGGGCAUGAGCAGCAGACCCAGUGGAUAGGGCCAGCUGGUCUGCCCUGUCCUCUGCUCUCUUUCUCUUGCCUCUUAGAUUCCUGGCUGCUGGUCAGCAGCUCUGCUCCCCAACCCCUUUGUCUGCAUUUCUUUGUGGGGGUUGGGGGGAGCAUCAUCUAAGAGGCCUUCCUGCACCCUGUACCCUGGCAGGCUCUCCUCCCACUAGAACCUUCUUUCAACUCUGGCCACAGCCAGAGGCCUGUCACUGGGAGCCUAGGUCUCCUUCAGCUCAAGGCGAGAGUCCACCCACAGAGCCCAGAGCCAUUCCCAACUCUGCUGCUGUUCCAGAGGCCCCCCAAGGGACCAGCACAACAGAACAGCCAGCCCCCUGGGCCACCCAGCCAGCGGCCCUGCAGAGCCUACCCUAGCCCCACUCAAUGUUUAUAGCAGCCCUGUGCUGCUCCCCAGGGACCUCUCCAUACACUGGCCAGGAGGCUGCAGAACCUGCCUCUCCCUCCCAGAGGUCCCAACCCCUGCCAAAACCACAUGGGUAGCUGGGAGGGGUCAGCUCCGCCCCUCUCCUCCCUGCUGGUUUUUUAGCUAUCCCUAUGUUGGAAGUAAAAGAGUCGAAGCACUUUAUUUUGGUUGUGUUUGAUCACGUUCUGCUUGGAAGUGGGGACCCCUCACUGAGUCCACAUGUCUGCGGCCUGUGUGGAGCACCACUGCGUGUACAUACUGUAAAUUAUUUAUUAAUGGCUAAAUGCAAGUAAAGUUUGGUUUGUUUUGUUAUUUUCUUUU